UGAUUGACUAGAAACAUCAGAAAGUCGACCCUUACUCCGGGGCCCGCGUCGGACCUGCCUCGGAAGCCGUGCUGAGAAUCACACUAACCCUCUUCCUCCGGGAUUGCGCUGCACCCCGUCAACGCCACCAUGGCUUCCAAGCGAAAGGCAUCGGCCAUGGCAUCUGCUGCGCCCGAGGAGCCGGUCGAUCCGGCCGAUGAACUCAUGUUCCUUUGUCUGGGUGGCGGCAACGAGGUCGGCCGGUCCUGUCACAUCAUCCAAUACAAGGGGAAGACAGUCAUGCUUGAUGCUGGCCAGCACCCAGCAUACGACGGACUGGCAGCCCUGCCGUUCUUUGAUGACUUCGACCUCAGCACUGUAGAUGUGCUCCUCAUCAGCCAUUUUCACAUCGACCAUGCCGCUUCUCUGCCAUACGUCCUCGCCAAAACGAACUUUCGUGGUCGGGUCUUCAUGACACAUCCUACCAAGGCCAUCUACAAGUGGCUGAUUCAGGACAGCGUGCGCGUCGGCAACACUUCGUCAAAUCCGACAACCCAGCUCGUGUACACUGAGCAGGACCAUCUCAACACGUUUCCCAUGAUCGAGGCCAUCGACUACCAUACCACACACACAAUAUCAUCGAUUCGAAUUACCCCUUAUCCGGCGGGACACGUCCUGGGCGCCGCCAUGUUCCUGAUCGAGAUUGCCGGCCUCAACAUCUUGUUCACCGGCGACUACUCUCGCGAGCAAGAUCGACAUCUGGUGUCCGCAGAAGUGCCCAAGGGCGUCAAGAUUGACGUGCUCAUCACCGAGUCGACCUACGGUAUCGCCUCCCACGUUCCCAGGCUAGAGAGGGAGCAAGCCUUGAUGAAGUCCAUCACGAGCGUGCUGAACCGCGGCGGCCGGGUGCUGAUGCCCGUCUUUGCCCUGGGGCGUGCCCAAGAGCUGCUGCUCAUUCUGGACGAGUACUGGGCCAAGCACAAGGAGUACCAAAAAUACCCCAUCUACUACGCGAGCAACCUCGCCCGUAAGUGCAUGCUUGUCUACCAGACAUACGUCGGCGCCAUGAACGACAACAUCAAGCGUCUCUUCCGAGAACGUAUGGCCGAGGCGGAGGCAUCGGGGGACGGCGCCGGCAAGGGCGGGCCGUGGGACUUUAAGUUCAUCCGCUCGCUCAAGAGCAUCGACCGGUUUGAGGAUGUGGGCGGCUGCGUGAUGCUUGCCAGUCCCGGUAUGCUUCAGAACGGCGUCAGCCGGGAGCUGCUCGAGAGGUGGGCUCCGAGCGAGAAGAACGGCGUGAUUAUCACGGGUUACAGCGUCGAGGGCACCAUGGCCAAGCACAUCAUGCAGGAGCCUGAGCAGAUCCAGGCCGUCAUGACGAGGAGCUCCGCCGGGGGGAGAAGAGGCCCCGGCGGCGACGCCGAGAAGGUCAUGAUCCCCCGUCGCUGCACGGUUCAGGAGUUCUCUUUUGCCGCCCACGUCGAUGGAACGGAAAACCGAGAGUUCAUCGAGGAGGUUGGCGCCCCGGUGGUGAUUCUCGUUCAUGGUGAGGUGCAUAACAUGAUGCGCCUAAAGUCCAAGCUGCUGUCCCUGAACGCGAAUAAGACGAACAAGGUCAAGGUCUAUAGCCCUCGCAACUGCGAGGAGCUCCGCAUCCCUUUCAAGACGGAUAAGACGGCUAAGGUGGUGGGCAAGCUGGCGUCGAUUCCUCAGCCGAUGAAGAUGCCCAAGGCGGAGUCGGAAGAACCGCGACUCAUCACCGGCGUGCUCGUCCAGAACGACUUCAAGAUGUCCCUGAUGGCGCCCGAGGACCUGCGCGAGUACGCUGGUCUUACGACCACCACCAUCGCCUGCAAGCAGCGGCUCAGGCUGAGCGCGGCGGGUAUCGACCUGAUCAAAUGGGGCCUUGAGGGCACCUUUGGCAGUAUCGAGGAGCUGCCGGAAGCCAAGCAGCAGCCUAAGAGCUCCGCCAACGGUGACGGGCCGAGCAAUGGCGACACCAAGAUGGAGGAUGCCGACGAGGAGUUCCCCAUUGAUGAGGUUGUUGCUGCCUACCUGGUCAUGGGCUGCGUGACUGUCCGCUAUCGCACUAGCGGUGAGGUAGAGCUCGAGUGGGAGGGCAACAUGCUCAACGACGGCAUCGCUGACGCCGUGAUGGCCGUCCUGCUCGGCAUCGAAAGCAGCCCUGCGGCAGUGAAGCGAUCCGCAAGCAAGCACUCCCACUCCCACUCUCACGCCCCGGCCUCCGGCGACUCGGACGCCUUCGCCCUCCCCAAUCGCAAUCUGCACGCCAACCUCUCCCCGGAAGAACGACUCGAGCGCCUAAUGAUGUUUCUCGAGGCCCAGUUCGGCGCCGACAACGUCUCCCCGAUCGCCGAGCCCAAGUUACCCCCCGUGUCCCCGUCCCUUCCCAAGUCCAAGUCCGUCAAGCCAUCCCCGACCGCCGCUCCCAAGGAGGAAGAAGAGGGGGCCGACGGCGCGACGCCGAUGGACGUCUCCUCCCCGGCAGACGGCGAGGAUCAGGAGACGAAACCGGCGGAGGCGAAAGAGGGAGGGGAAGAGGAAGGCGACGGGGAGCAGAGAGAGCACGAGCGACGAGUGCGGGCCGAGCUGGCGCGGCUGCACAAGCUCGGCAUCCCCGUGCCCGGCGUGCGCAUCAAGGUCGACAAGAUGGAGGCGAGCGUGUGGCUGGAAGGGCUGGAGAUCGAGUGCGCCAACCGCGUUUUCGCGGACCGCGUGCGGGCCGUGGUGGAGAGGGCUGUCGAGGUGACUGCGCCGCUCUGGGGGUAGUUUCAAUUGUACAUGCACACACACAUAUCCCGUCUUCUAGGUAGCCUCUUUUUUUCUCCUUUUUUGUCAGUCUGAAAACGUGGGUCACUGG